AACACGCCUCUCGUUCGCCUCAACAACAUCCCUAAGAGCUGUGGCCUCAAGUGCCAAGUUUAUGCCAAGUGUGAGUUCUUCAGCGCGGGCGGGAGUGUGAAGGACCGCAUCGCGCUGCGUAUGGUGGAGGACGCUGAGAAAAAAGGGAUCAUCACCCCGGGCCAGUCGGUGCUCAUCGAGCCUACCUCUGGCAACACGGGUAUCGGCCUGGCACUGUGCGGCGCAGUUAAAGGCUACCGCACCAUCAUCGUCAUGCCAGAGAAGAUGAGUGAUGAGAAACUGAACAAAUCUGUCGUUGAUGAAGAAUGGCGUUUUUACUAUGAUAACGCUUUGGAUGCCAAGGACCGCGAGCACGUCGACAUCUGGAUGAAGAGUCGCGACAAAGAGUCCUUCGCAAUGUCCCGGCGCAUGAUUAAAGAAGAGGGACUCCUUUGCGGUGGCAGCUGCGGGGCGGCAAUGCACGCUGCCAUGAUCGCAGCCAAGGAGCUUGACGCUGACCAGCGCGUAGUGGUGGUGCUGCCUGACUCUGUCCGUAACUACAUGACCAAGUACCUCAGCGACGCCUGGAUGAUCGAGCGCGACUUCAUGAAGGCGCCUGAGGAGGAGGAGAACAGCAUGUG